AUGGACUCGAAUCUGCCUAGCGAGCCGAACCUCAGGGUAACAAUUAUUGCUGCGGACGGACUGUAUAAGCGCGAUGUCUUUCGAUUUCCGGAUCCAUUCGCCGUGGCUACCAUCAGUGGAGAACAGACGAAAACGACCUCCGUCAUCAAGAAGACACUGAACCCCUACUGGAACGAGGUCUUCGAUAUGAAAGCCACGGAGGACAGCAUACUCGCAAUACAGAUAUUCGAUCAGAAGAAAUUCAAGAAGAAGGAUCAGGGAUUUUUAGGGGUGAUAAAUGUUCGCAUUGGAGAUGUCAUUGACCUGGAUGUUGGCGGUGAAGAAAUGCUCACUCGAGACCUGAAGAAGUCGAACGAUAACCUGGUCGUGCAUGGCAAGCUCAUUGUGAAUCUAUCUACAAACCUUACUACAGCCGGCAGCGGACCAGGCACCCGACCGGGCCUCAAUACAUCGGGCAGCAGCAUGGCAGGUGCUUAUCCUGCUCGAGCAUCGAGCCAGAACCGAACAUCAACCGCGGCAAGUCCUGCGCCAUCUCGAUCGCAGACAGUGGCUGAGCUGUCAUCAUCAUCAACGACUGCUGUCAACGGAACAGGUCCUCAAGCAAAUGGCACUAACCGGACAGGAUUCAGCUCGUUUGAGGAUAACCAAGGAAGAUUACCAGCUGGGUGGGAACGACGGGAGGAUAAUUUGGGUAGAACCUACUACGUGGACCAUAAUACCAGAUCAACUACCUGGAACAGGCCGUCAACGACUUACAAUGAACGAGAUCAACGAACAGCGAUGGAGGCGAAUAUGCAGAUGGAAAGGAGAGCACAUCAAAAUCGAAUGCUUCCAGAGGACAGAACUGGUGCCAAUUCACCCAGCGUACCUGAGCAACAAGGAAGUACGCCAGCCAACUCGAAUGCUGUUUCAAUGAUGGCCACAGGCGCCACCACAGCUGGAACCGGUGAGCUUCCAGCUGGGUGGGAACAGCGCCAUACACCUGAAGGAAGAGCUUAUUUCGUCGACCACAACACUCGGACAACCACUUGGGUCGAUCCAAGAAGGCAACAGUACAUCCGUAUGUAUGGACCACAAAAUACGGGUGGCAGCAAUGCCACGAUCCAGCAACAGCCUGUAUCGCAGCUCGGGCCGUUACCAAGUGGCUGGGAGAUGCGGCUCACAAAUACUGCAAGAGUGUACUUCGUUGACCACAACACGAAAACUACGACGUGGGACGAUCCUCGACUGCCUUCGUCGCUUGAUCAGGGCGUACCACAGUAUAAGCGUGACUUCAGGAGGAAACUCAUCUAUUUCAGGUCACAGCCUGCCCUGCGGAUUCUGUCUGGCCAGUGUCAUGUCAAGGUGCGGCGUGGAAACAUCUUUGAGGAUUCGUAUGCCGAGAUCAUGCGGCAGAGUGCGACAGACUUGAAGAAACGGUUAAUGAUAAAAUUUGAUGGAGAAGACGGCUUAGAUUAUGGUGGUCUUUCCCGCGAAUUCUUUUUCCUCCUCUCACACGAAAUGUUCAAUCCAUUCUAUUGCCUAUUCGAGUAUUCCGCACACGAUAAUUACACCCUUCAAAUAAACCCGCAUUCCGGCAUCAACCCAGAACAUCUCAACUACUUCAAGUUCAUCGGCAGGGUGGUCGGCCUUGCCAUUUUCCACCGAAGAUUCUUAGAUUCCUUCUUCAUCGGUGCGUUCUACAAGAUGAUGCUCCGCAAAAAAGUCCAGAUCCAGGACAUGGAAGGCGUCGACGAAGAUUUCCACCGAAACUUAACCUGGAUGUUGGAGAAUGAUAUUGAGAACGUCGUAGACUUGACUUUCUCGGUCGACGAUGACCAAUUCGGAGAAACCAAGACCGUAGAUCUAAAGCCCGGGGGAAGCGAGAUCCCUGUCACUAAUCAAAGCAAGAAGGAGUAUAUUGAACUAGUAACAGAAUGGAAGAUCCAAAAGCGCGUCUCAGAACAAUUCAACGCCUUCAUUACCGGCUUCAACGAGCUCAUUCCCGCCGACCUGGUCAACGUCUUCGACGAGCGCGAGCUCGAACUCCUGAUCGGCGGCAUCGCCGACAUCGACGUCGACGACUGGAAGAAACACACGGAUUACCGCGGCUACCAGGAGCAGGACGAGGUGAUCCAGAAUUUCUGGAAGGUGAUUCGGACCUGGGAUGCCGAGCAGAAGAGCCGACUGUUGCAGUUUGCCACCGGGACGAGCAGGAUCCCGGUGAACGGGUUCAAGGAUCUGCAGGGCAGUGAUGGACCGCGGAGGUUUACCAUCGAGAAGGCGGGCGAGGUCAACGCGCUGCCCAAGAGUCACACUUGUUUCAACCGUCUCGAUCUCCCGCCCUACAAAUCCUACGACACCCUCAACAGUAAGCUCUCCACCGCGGUGGAGGAAACGCUGGGCUUUGGACAAGAGUAG